AUGCAAGUUUCCAAGUCAAGAAGAUCAUUUUAUCUCCAAGUGUUAGUUCUCGCUGCGCGCAGAACGAAGCUUCGGAAGUUUGGCCGCGCGCGGAGGAGUUCCCGACGUCCAAAAGUUACGAUCUUGAUAUGGAAAGAUAGAUACUUGAGUCAUGCAUCACGUCGAAGUGGAAUGAAGCCAUUUGGAUCAACUAUGAGGCCUAGACUUAUUUUCUACCGAGACAUGUCCGGUAAGCGAGCAAACGAAGCCCAUGGAGGAUUUGGAGUGUCUAAUGGCCCGAGCAGCAGCGCCAAAGGCCUUGAUCGAAUAGAGAAGAGGCCUGGCUAA